CGGAGAGUUGGAAAAAACCAGUUUGAUAUAAGUCAGGUACUCAGGUUGGAUUAAAGAUUUAAAGUCUGAAGGGACCAAAGCCAAAGCUUUUCUAAAACACCACCACUCAAGCAAGAAUCAGAGAAGGAUUUACUGGAAGUUCAUAACAGAGCGGUAGAGAGCUCGUGCAAGAAUGGCGACGUAUCUGCAACUGCAAGCGCCCUUGGCGUCGUCGUUAUCUUCUUCUUGUUCCUCCUCCAAAGGACGGAGCUUUAAGACCUGCUGCAGCAUUAACAGCAGAUGUGCGGCCAAGAUUCCUGUGCCUCCGUUGAACCCCCGAGACCCCUUUCUCUCCAAGCUUGCUUCAGUCGCUGCAGCUUCUCCAGAGUCUUUACUCUCCCGACCUUCAAAUUCAGAUACUCCUCCAUAUCUGGAUCUUUUCGACUCUCCGAAGCUCAUGGCAAGCCCGGCUCAGGUGGAACGCUCUGUAUCUUAUAACGAACACAGACCAAGGAAGCCUCCACCAGAUUUGCCAUCACUACUUCUCCAUGGGAGGAUUGUUUAUAUUGGCAUGCCAUUGGUUCCAGCUGUCACAGAGCUUGUGAUUGCAGAAUUGCUUUACCUGCAGUGGAUGGAUCCAAAAGAACCAAUUUAUAUUUAUAUUAAUUCAACUGGUACCACCCGUGAUGAUGGUGAAACGGUUGGGAUGGAGUCAGAGGGUUUUGCUAUCUAUGAUGCAAUGAUGCAGCUAGAAAAUGAAAUACAAACAGUUGCUGUUGGGGCUGCCAUUGGUCAGGCUUGUCUCCUACUUGCAGCAGGAAAGAAGGGUAGACGUUUUAUGAUGCCACAUGCCAAAGCCAUGAUUCAGCAACCUCGUGUCCCAUCAUCUGGAUUAAUGCCAGCAAGUGAUGUUCUUAUUCGUGCAAAAGAGGUCAUAACAAAUAGGGACACACUCACUAAACUCUUGGCAAAGCAUACCGGAAAUCCCAUUGAGACUGUAACAAAUGCAAUGAAGAGACCAUUUUAUAUGGAUUCCACAAGGGCUAAAGAGUUUGGUGUCAUUGACAAGAUUCUUUGGCGUGGUCAAGAGAAAAUAAUGGCUGAUGUUGCCGCACCAGAGGAAUGGGACAAGAGAGCUGGAAUUAAGGUUGUUGACGGCGUGUAAAUCUUCGCUUAGUGAAUGCUAAUAAUCCCUUUACCACUGUGAGGUGGAUUUGGCAUGAAAGUUUUACUAGUAAUAGCAAUGAUUCAUAUUUGAUGGCCAUGGUUCAAAGUUAACUAAGUCUUCAUCGCUAUUGAUCAUUCAUUGUAAUAAAUUUUCACUUAAAAGUAGUUUAACCAAGGGAAUAUGAAAUUUCAAAAAAAAAAAAAAAAUCAAUGCAACUGCAUGAGGUGGAAUUAAGAGAACCUUGUUACCGAAAAAAAAAGUUGACCCUGCUCAAAUCUCAAUUGCUCUGCUGCGGACUGAAAUCAAGAGUGGGACUUGUUCGCUAAGACCUUUUUAUCAAGAGUGGGAUCAAAUCACUUUAUUCAACUCAAACACUGCCUUUACAAUUUUAUGACACGUUAAAUGGAUGAGAUCACGAGACAA